GGCCAAAUGAACACACAAUUCAACCGUCUCGAAAGUAAAACACGCAUGCUUUCCAGUCGAGGGAAACAAGUCAACCCAGCAUGCCAACAAAAAAAUUUGCUGGUUGACGAGAGUUGAUCUUUCGGUAUCCAGCAUAUCACAGGAUGAGUUCCUCAAGUUCCAGACCGCUCUCGCCGCAGGGCACAACAGCCUCGCCGUCUCUGUCGUCGAAGGCUGCAAAGCCCCUUUCGUCCAAGCUCACGACUGUUCUCUCGUCGUCCUAUGCCGACACGGAAUUCCGAGAAGCUCUUGCCCUUCUAGAUGAGCGGGGCGUUCUGAACACGCCCGAGACGCGACGCCAACUGCGAUUAGAUUCCCAGAAACAAGUCAUUGACAGCAAUGGGGAAAUCAUCGACGAAUUUGCCAAGGUUGCCGAGCAACUCCGGCGCAUCGGCGCCACGAUUAGUCGGCUGAAUGAGAGCUUCAACAAGAUGAAGACGCAGAUCGGCGCAGCCCACGAGGCGACUUCUUUGGCACUGACAGAGGCGUCCAGGCUCAUGCGCCAACGACAACAGGUUGAGCAGAGGCAAGCCCUCCUUAACGCCUUCAACGACAAAUUUGUGCUCUCCGAGGACGAGACAGCGGCACUGACGCUGACCUCGGAGCCCGUCGACGAUCUCUUCUUCAGCACUCUCACCAAGGUAAAGAGGAUCAGUAUCGAUUGUGAAAUCCUCCUCGGAUUUGAGAAUCAGACGCUGGGCUUUGAAAUUAUGGAGCAGACGAACAAGAAUCUCAACAUGGGCUUUCAGAAGCUCUACAAGUGGGUUCAAAGGGAGUUUAAGACACUCAACCUGGAGAAUCCACAAAUUGGCUCACCCAUCCGCCGCGCUCUCCGUGUGUUGGCCGAGCGGCCCGGCCUGUUCCAGAACUGCCUCGACUUCUUCGCCGAAGCGCGGGAGCAUGUUUUGUCCAACUCGUUCUACACCGCAUUGACGGGAACCUCGUCCUCCGGAUUGGAGGACCCGUCUAUCAAGCCCAUCGAACUCGUUGCCCAUGACCCUCUAAGGUAUGUUGGAGACAUGCUGGCUUGGACACACUCGGCCGCCGUGGGCGAGCGGGAGGCCUUGGAAGGCUUGUUCAUCGGCGAGGGAAAUGAGAUUGCCAAGGGAAUCCAGGCUGGUCGGGAGAAUGAGGUGUGGCGGCUUGUUGCCGAAUAUGGCGAAGAGACGGACGACUUCGACGCCGUGAAGACUCUGAACGAGCUUGUAGACCGCGACAUGGCUGGCGCAGGUCGCAUUCUGCGCCAGCGGGUUGAGCAGGUCAUACAGACCAACGAAGACACGAUAUUGGCAUACAAGCUUGCCAACCUACUCAGUUUCUACAAGAGCACCUUUUCGAGGCUUCUCAGCCCCGGCUCGGCCCUCGUGGAGUCGUUGGAGGCGGUCGAAUCCGAAGCAUUACGGCAGUUCCGGUCACUGGCUCGCGACCACGUCGCGGCGGUUCAGGGCGACUUCCAACACACUCCUGCCGACCUGCGCCCUCCCGAGUUCUUGGUCGAUGCCCUGGGACAACUGACUGCCAUAAUGAGGACCUACGAAACGUCAUUUACCUCGUCGGGCGACCGAGAAGAGGAGUUUGCGUCUGUGCUAGUCGAGGCCUUCGACCCCUUCAUAUCCGGAGCGGCCAACAUGGCCGAGUCGCUCCGCGCCCCGUCAAAAUCCGUCUUUCUCGUCAACUGCCUGCUCACUGCCCGGACCAGCCUCUCUCCAUUCGAUUUUACGCAGCGACGGGCGGCCCAGCUCCAGGCACAAAUCGACGAGGAGAAGGCGCGUCUGGUUGAGACACAAUACUGCUUCUUCCGUACCGAGUCGGGCUUGGAUGAGCUGAUAGCAUCGCUGCAGCCGCUGGGAGAUAGCCAGGAGGAUGUAAACAAUGUCUCGUCGCUGGAGGCGGUCCAAGCCCCUGCCCUGAUGCAGGCCAGCCAGCGGCUGGAUGAGUUCCUGCCAUCGGCGCUGAUGGAUGCGGUGGAGAAGUUGAAGAAUCUGCAGGACUCCAAGCUGGUGCAGGAAAUUACGGAGGAAGCGGCCAAGAAGUUCUGCAUCGAUUUUGAGCAUGUCGAGGAGAUGCUGAUGCUGGCCGACGAGAUGGCCGAGCAGCAACAUGGCGAAUCGGACGAGUUCCAGAGUCUCCGAGCCCUGUUUCCUCGAACGUCGGGCGAGAUCCGUGUGCUAUUGUCAUAGUAAUAGCGAUAUGGUAUUGGAUAACAAAAAUCUGGAAGGUAGAAGAGUCUAGCGCUCUUCGAGGGGACUAUCAACCUAUUGUUUAUCACAGCAUUUCUGUCUCAGAUUCUGGACGAGGUAAUUACAUGUUCUGUCACAUGCUGACAUGUCAGCUCUUGCGCAA